CCGGCAGAUAUCUCAGAUAAAUAUGUAGUUUCGAGAGCUUUGGGGGUUUUUUUUUUUUUCCCUUUCCACGAAGCAAUCAAUCCCCUUAAAAGGUAGCCCCACCUAUUUUUGUCUCUACCCGCAUAGCCCAUCCCGUAUUAACAAAUGUCCCUCCCCCGGCCUGGAGCUCACGCAAACUCCCCCCCGGAGGUCGCAGCGCCCCCUGCUCCCCCAGUCCAGCAUAGUCUACCGAGGGGGAUCGGAGUGGAGAUUUAAAGUUCGCAUUUGGGCGAACAGUGAGGGUAAAACUCCUAGCAGGCACCGCAGAACUCUUCGGCACCGAACUGGCAGCCUCCCAAACAUAUACCUUCUCCGGAACAAAAGCCGCAAUCUACACAUGGCACGGCUGCACGCUGGAAGUGAGCGCGGGCGACCCCAUCGCCAUUGGCGGGUUGGGCAGCGCACCCCCGCCGCCCGGCACCGGUAGCGGGGGCUGCCAGGUCGAAUACGUGGCGGAGGAGACGCCCAUGGCCGAGUAUGUCAACAUCCACGGCGCGCUGGAGACGAUGCGCGCCCGAGGCGAAGGCUAGCGGCCGCGAAGGCCGCCGCUACUCAUCCUGGGACCGGAGGAUGCGGGCAAGACGAGCUCACGAAGAUACUGACGGGCUACGCGACGAAGCGGGAGCGGCAGCCUGUUGUGGUCAACCUGGACCCGUCGGAGGGCAUGCUGAGUGUCCCCGGUAGCUUGACGGCGACGGCGUUUCGAUCUAUGGUGGAUGUGGAGGAAGGGUGGGGGAGUAGCCCCAUGUCUGGCCCCAGUCCUAUACCGGUGAAACUGCCGCUGGUGUAUUUUUAUGGGUUGCCGAGUCCGUUGGAUGCGGAGGGGCAGGUGUAUAAGCCCAUUGUGUCGAGGUUGGCGUUGGCGGUUGCCGGGCGGUUGGCGGAGGAUAGGGAUGCGGGGGAGGCGGGGAUUGUUAUUGAUACGCCUGGGGUUCUUAGCCAGGGGGGGAAGGGGGAGGAUGUUAUUCACCAUAUCGUUACUGAGUUUUCGAUCACAACAAUCCUCGUACUAGGCUCUGAACGCCUCUACAGCUCCAUGGUAAAACAUUACGACAACAAACCCAUCUCAACAUCCACAUCCACCACCUCCGCCGCUGCGGGAACAGCCACCCCGUCCACCCUCGAUCGUAUAUCCGUCGUCAAAGUGACAAAAUCCGGCGGCAGCGUUGACCGCGAUGCCUCCUUCAUGAAGUGCGUCCGCGACUCGCAAAUCCGCUCUUACUUCUUCGGCAACCCCAUCCCUUCCACCGCCUCUUCCGCCCUCUCCCUCUCUGCGACCUCCUCAGGAACAACAAUCACCCUCUCCCCGCACGCGCAACAGCUCGACUUCGACGCUCUCUCCAUAUACACCAUCACCGCCACGCUCGAGGACGAUGACGACUACGACCCUUCCACCUUCGGUAUGAAUGACUCCUUCCUACCCGGCGGCAUCAACGACCGCGACGACGAUGAGAAUCUACAAACACAGCAACAGCAACAGCAGCAACAACAACAACACCAGUACCAGGAAAUCACAGACCACACAACAACCACCUCCCCCUUCCUCUCCUCCCCCACCACCGCCACCACCACCACCACAUCAACGACAGCGACAUCACCAUUCACUCACCCGUCCUCCAUCCCUCUAAAAAAGCUGCCCCCCUCCACAACCUCCCCCGUCCCACUAGCGCUAGAAAACACCUUGCUAGCAGUAACACACGCAGCCCCCAACGCCCCGCUCCAUGAGAUCCGCGACGCGAGCGUCAUGGGCUUUGUUUAUGUGGCCGGCGUAGAUGAGAAGAAGGCGAAGAUUAGAGUGCUGGCGCCCGUUGGGGGGAGGGUGCCUAGUCGAGCUAUGAUAUGGGGGAAGAGGUGGCCGGGGGAGUUGGUGGGGUUGGUUGGGUGAUUUGGGGAGGGGGGUUUGGGUGAAGCGUGGGUUAAGGAAGUGGAGUGGAGAUUUUAGCCAUAGAUACAUAAUGAAUAAAUGACAGUGGAGCUAGCUCUUCCUACCUCCCUGGUUACUCCCUCUACCGUUGCUAGACAGUAGAUAAUAGCAUGCAAGUAUUUAAGUACUAAUGAACUUUCAAGCAGAUACUCCGUAGUCCGUAUAUUUGGGUGGGGUGGAGGCGGGAGAAGACAAACUAUGUUUCCUUCUUUUCCAUUAUUUAACUAUUAUUUUCUUCCUUUCUUUCUAAGUCAAUAGAUCGUGUCAUCCUACGGAUAUCAUGUCUUUUACUUAUGAGUGGUGCUAUUGAUUCAGCAGCAACCUACUAUGUCCUCUGCUACAUAUGCGUUACAUAUUUGAAUAACGACUAAGACCGAUGCUAUCUCAGGACUGAAUCCCAUGGAGCGCAAGAAUUCUACAUAAACAAUUUCAGGCACAGUAAUUGAACAUUGCAGUAAUUUAUACA